AUGAAUAGUUUGAUCCAUUAUUUUCGCUGGCUAGACUACAUAGAUAGUGAUUUAAGAAUUUACCAUGUUGUCUAUGGAUAUAACCUUUUACUUUAUAACAAGGUUUAUAGAAAAGUAUUUAUUGGUUUAUGGAGAAUCAAGACAAAAAUUUGGUUUCCUAUUAAAUUUCACUUUUUAGGUAAAAUAUUUAAAGGAAUAUUUAAUCCUCAAAAAUCAACAGUUAUAUCUGAUGAGAUGCUUAAGCAAUGUGUAAUAGAUUUUAAGUACUCGCAGAAACAUUUGAGAGAACAGUCUGAUGAGGAAUAUCAGAAGCCAGUUUUCCCCAUGGAGAUUUGGUAUGAAAUUUCAAAACAUAUGAACCCUGUAAAAUUGAUUAGAAUUAAUAAAACUUUUUGUGAUUAUUUCAGUCCUUUGAUUUAUAAAGAUCUUCAAAUGGUUUUGGUGAUUAGUGAUACCUCUAAGAUCCAGAAGAAUGAUCUUACUUAUAUGAAUUACGGACCUGAUUUGGUGGAUAAUAAUAUUGACGAUUAUGGGAUAUAUUUAAGAUAUCGAGAAGGAAAGAAUUUUGCUUAUGAAUUUCUUGAUACUACAUUAAGGGAUGAAGUGGGAUUGAAAGCUGAUAAUUUUGAAGUUAUUUACAAAUUCAGUGAGGUUAAGCACAUCUUGAUUCAUAUCAUUAAUAAUCCAAACUCUUAUUUGAAGAGAUAUGUUGAGCAAAUUAAGUUGGAUGUUUCAAUGUUAAGUGCCAAUGAGUUAGACGCUCUAAAAAAUAAAGAUGGGAUUAUAUAUAAAAAGAUCAAAAAUGAAUUAUGGAAAUCAAAUCAUUGUUCAGUAUUUAAAUAUUAUCCUAGAUAUUUGAUUUUUUGCUUCACAAUUAUGGAUAUGUAUAUGAGUUGUCGAUGGCAAUUACCUGAUUUAGCACCUUUCAAUAGAGAUUAUAACAAUCCAUCUCUUAUAGAUCCAAAUAUAGCUAAAGAUAUAUAUCCUAAGAAUGUUUAUAUGAAGGAACUUAUGCUUACCACAUUGCUUCAUGAUUUCAUAAGAGAUAAAUGCAAAAAAAGGAAUAGAAAUAAGUUGGCAUUAUUGAAAAAAGGUCAGAUGUUGAAGAGGUUGACACCAUUUGAGAAUUGGCAUAAAAGAACUAAAGGUAUGCCUAUUGUAUUUAAUACCCUUGAUGAGAUGAAAUUACGCAAAACUGCUAAGUAUCAAUCUAGAUUGGUCAUUGAAGAUAGAUGUUUCGAGACUAAGGAUUUUACUGAAUCUCUUUUGAUCAACACAUUGAGCUCUAUAACAUCGAAUGAAUUAAAUGGAGGAAUCAAUUGUUCAAUGAGUUUCCUUGGACAAGACCUCCCUCAUGAAAGUAUUACUCUUAUACCUCAUAAUUAUUUAAGAACUUCUACACUUGAUUACACUCGGCCAGAUUUUGUUGUUAUUAACAAACCAAAGAAAAACUAA